AUGGGUAGCCUCGGAGAAGAAACUAGCAGCAUCGUCAUUGCCAUAGCCCUACGUGCGCCAAAUCGGAAAAUCACCAUACUAGAGCGCUCGCGUAUGCUCCGAGAGACGGGAGCUCUCAUCUCAUUGCAACCGAAUGCGAGCAAGAUUGUCAGUUCGUGGGGCAUUGAUACGUUUCUGGCAUCAUGCAAGCCCAUGGUCGACAAGGCAUUCAGGCUCUUUGAUAUCAGCGGCAAACUUGUAAAUGAAGUCAAGUUGAAUACCUCCAUGUUUGGCGCGGACCGGAUCGUCUAUCACAGACAAGAUCUUCACAGUGCUCUCUUGUCGGCUGCCACCUCGACGCAACUAUCUGGCCAUGCAGUCGAGGUUCGCACUGGAACCAAAGUUGUCUCGUGUGACCCCAAAGCGGGCAUUGUCACGAUAGAGACUGGCGAGAAUCUCCAAGCUGACGUGAUUAUUGGCGCUGACGGAAUACACUCUGUAAUCCGGACUGCGGUAUUGGGCGAGGAGCAAGGUGCAAUCCCAACCGGUAUCUCGGCUUACCGCAUGUUGUUACCCGCCGACUUGUUAAAAGGCAUUGAUAUCCCUCUCGACAUUCUGGACCCAGCAGACCCAGUGACGACAAUGGUCGUAGGACACGACAGAAGGGUCAUAAUGGGACCAGGGCGAGGAGCAGAAAUGUUUGGCAUUGUUGCAUUGGUGCCAGAUGAAAAGGGUCGUGAAAAGUCAACCACCGAUUCCUGGGUUGCCGAGGGCUCGACCGAGGCACUUGUCGAGGUAUUCGCAGACUUUCCGGGAUGGAUGCUCGACAUUUUCAAGCGUGCCCCUGACGUGGCAUUGUGGCAGCUGCGAGACAUUGACCCCUUGCCUCGCUGGGUUCGGGGUCGUGCCAUACUGAUUGGUGAUGCGGCGCAUGCAAUGUUGCCAACGCAGGGUCAAGGUGCGUCGCAGAGCAUCGAGGAUGCUGAAGCAUUACAGGCUUUCCUUGCCGACCUACCCGCACGCCCGACGGGCGACCAAGUCGAGCGUGUAUUGAACACUGUAUUCGAAGCGCGGUUUGAUCGUGCCAGCCUGAUUCAGAGGUACAGUCGCCAACAGGCACGUCCAGGCACGGAUGCAAAGUCAAAUACUGUCAAGCUGGACCCAGCCGAAUUCAUGAAGUAUAACUGCGAUUAUCAAGGCGCCAAGGAUUGGUUGUCGAAAAGUGCAGCAAAGUAG